AUGUCACCGCUCUUCUUCGAGGGAUUCGACUUUCGUCGACGUUUCGCGGAACGAGCUGCACUAUUGUUUGAGGAGUUUGCAUUGUUCCUCGUUUGCCGGCCCAUGCUACUUGCUGAUCGUUUUUUGGACGGACGACGACGGCCGGAUCCACCUCGCUUCGCUGACUUUGGCGCCAAGCGACACUUUGAGCCAGUUUUGGACAGACUGCGGGAACGAGAGGCACUGGAUGAUGACCGCCUGUUUCCACGAGCCUUUCGACGCGUUUCGCUGCCAAACGGAGUCACUGGAUUUGAUGGAACCUGGUCAGUGUUACUUUUGCUCUCCAUGAUGCUAGAAGACACUGGCACCGGUCCACUGUGCGUCCGAAUGGUAGGAUUGCAACGACCGUUUUGA